AUGCUGCUGUUGCUGUUUUUCCUCCCUCUUGUCGGCUCUGGCACUGGAGAAGGGAAUGUCUCAGCAAGGCAGAGUGCUCCGAAUCCUUGAGGGGAGUAGAUUCUGACUGACAGGAGAGGUCCGUCCUCUGGGGAAUGUGAACCAUGCAGGUGGAUGCUGUUCUUGUGCUCUUCUGUGUUUGGCUCGCAGGAGCAGCUGGGAGGUUGGCCCAGUCGAGGGGUCACAAGCUGGAGACCUACAAACAGAGCAGGUCGCGAAGAGAGACCAGAAUGGAUGGGGGUGGAGGUCAAAAAUCCGGAAGCCCAAUUUACAAACGAAGUCCAGACAUGACAAAAUCUUUGAUGACAAAAUCUGAGCAACUCCUGAGAAUAGAAGACCAUGAUUUCACCAUGAGGCCAGCAUUUGGAGGUCCUCCAAUUCCUGUUGGAGUGGAUGUUCAGGUUGAAAGUCUGGACACCAUCUCCGAGGUGGAUAUGGACUUUACCAUGACACUGUACCUGCGUCACUACUGGAAGGACGAGCGGCUGUCGUUCCCGAGCACCAAUAACCAGAGCAUGACGUUUGACAGUCGCCUGGUGAAAAAGAUUUGGGUUCCUGACAUGUUCUUUGUCCACUCCAAGCGCUCUUUUAUCCACGACACCACAACCGAUAACGUCAUGCUGAGGGUUUACCCUGACGGCAACGUCCUCUACAGUCUCAGAGUCACUGUCACUGCCAUGUGCAACAUGGACCUCAGCCGCUUCCCUCUGGACACCCAAACCUGCUCGCUGGAGAUUGAGAGCUAUGCGUACACAGAUGACGACCUGAUGUUGUACUGGAAGAAAGGCAACGAAUCCCUGAACACAGACGAGAGAAUAUCUCUGUCCCAGUUCCUCAUCCAGAAAUUUCACACCACCACCAAGCUGGCUUUCUACAGCAGCACAGGCUGGUACAAUCGUUUGUACAUCCACUUCACCCUGCGGCGCCACAUCUUCUUCUUCCUGCUGCAGACCUACUUCCCUGCUACUCUGAUGGUCAUGCUGUCCUGGGUGUCCUUCUGGAUUGACCGCAGGGCCGUCCCCGCCAGGGUGCCACUAGGCAUCACCACAGUGCUGACCAUGUCCACCAUCAUCACCGGGGUCAACGCCUCCAUGCCGCGGGUCUCCUACAUCAAGGCAGUGGACAUUUACCUCUGGGUCAGUUUUGUCUUUGUCUUCCUCUCGGUGAUAGAGUAUGCGGCAGUCAACUACCUCUCCACCGUACAGGAGAGGAAAGAGAGGAAACUAAGGGAGAGACUGCCGUGUACAUGCGGCAUUGGCAACCCUGACGAGAUGAUGAUCGACCCCCAGAUCACUGGCUACGGGUCCAUGGAUAUAAACAACACAGGGAAUUAUGGAAUGCCAGAGAACGGCGGUCGCCAGGAUCGAAUGUUGGCCCAGGUGUCAUUGAAUGACCCGCAGAUUGCAAGCCAGAUGAAGCCAUCCAGAGGCUAUGUGAACAUUUGGAUAGACACCCAUGCCAUAGACAAGUACUCAAGGGUUGUGUUUCCUGGAGCGUACAUCCUCUUUAACAUCAUCUAUUGGUCCAUCUACUUGUAACCAGGGAUGCAGAAGUAGAUUCUUGUGAGAGUCGUUAAUGAUGAGACUCCAGGAGCUUGGCUCAUUUGUAGAGGAGCAGGAAAAUAACAUUGCAUUUGAUGCUUUUCAGACCCAAAAACUGCACGUAAGAUGCAUGGGGACCAUUAACAGAUUGGGAACCAUUGCCUUCUCGACCCAGCCCCUUAAAACAAAAGAGUUUAUAAAUGAGCUACUGACACACAGGACAGUCAUCGCUGUUUUUUUCACUCGAUCAAAUCUAUGUGGCUUCAUGUUGUAACUAUCAGUGCAGGUGAUGGAAAGACAUUUGGAUAUUGUCGCCUCAGGACUUACUGCACAGUGAGACGCACAAACAUGGACCUGUGCAUUUUAACUCGGCGACAUUUCAGUUCUUCAUGCAGUGACUACUUGACCACAUUUUUAAAACCAAAAAAUGUGAACUGAAAACAGAUUUCUGACAUUGAAAACACAUUUCUUAACCUUGGCAUAUGAACUAGACUUGACAAUCAAUGGCAAACUAAAAUACUUUAAGGAAUAGUUUGGCAAACAUUUUGGUGGAAAGUUCGAUAAAAAGAUUUAUACCACUCUCAUGUCUGUACAGUAAAUAUGAAGCUACAGCAAGGAGAUGGUUAGCUUAGCUUAGCACAAAUACACAGGGGGGAACAGCUAGCCUGCUCUGUCUACCUACCAGCACCGCUAAAACAAGCUUAGUAAUGAAAUUGUCAAAUCAUAUUUUAGUUACUUUUGUGAAUAUAUAUAAAUUGUGUGUGUUAAAUGGGCUUAUGUAUUGUCUCGUUUCGUUCGCAGGCCCCUGAAUUGAAUCAAGCCAAAAUUGUAUCGUGGCAGACUUUGUGAUAUCCGUAAAUAUUGUACUGUUGCCCAUAGAAUCAAUAUAAUAUCGUAUCAUGAUAAAAUGUGUGAUUUACACCCCUAGCAGGCAGAUGGUUGCCUUAGGACAGAGCCAGGCUAGCUGUUUCCGUUUCCAGUCUUUGUGCUAAGCUAAGCUAACCAUCUCCUAGCUGUACAGACAUGAGAGUGGUAUCGAUCUUCUUAUCGGACUCUUGGCUGAGAAAACUAAUUAGUGCCAUUUUCCAAAAUGUGAAACUAUUUCUUUAAAAACCUGCUAAUCUGAUUAUUCUUAAAGCAUGUUAUUAUGAUUCAGUCUGUGUUACAUUUCUUGUAAUCUUUGUUUCAAUGCAAUUAUUUUGCUGUCAAGCUACUUACUGCAUUGCAUUUGUGUGAUUUGAUAAAGUUAAUGUAUAAAGGCAAGAUAAUGCAUUCUAUUAAAAUCACAAAUGUAAAAAUAUAUGUUUAGUAAAUCCCAAACACUGAUUAAGGUAUUGACUUUUUUUAAAUGUCUUUAUUUCUUCUUCUUUUCUUUUUUAUACAACUGAAGCUCAUCUCCUCUGUUUGGUGUUGUGAGGCUUUGAGAUUCACUGUGACCCGUUAGUUGCUAGUUUAAUUCGUUGAUAAAAGAUUAAAAGUAUCUUUUGGUGGUUUAUUACAAUUAAAUAACCAAACAUACAGAUAUUAAGUAUGGGAAAAAUGUUUAAUGUUUUGUUUUAUGAAAAUGUGAAAAUUACUUGAGCAGAAUUUAGGUGCUGGACAACACAACCACAAUACUGUACAUUUUAAAUCUCCAUGUAACACAUUUAGUAUGUAGAAACAUCAAUGGAUUGAGAUGCAUGGCUGAAUAUUGCUUUUUUUCUGAAUAUUGCUUCUGCAGACAUCAAUUAAAAUCUGCUGAAACGAC